UUUGGGAGGAGGGGGUGGUAUUCCAUGUGUGUGCAGCGCGGAGCGGAGCUGCCUCUGGGUUACAUUGUGUUUCGGAAUUGUUACUUUUUGAGAUAAGAAUCGGCGACAUUGUAUCCCCUGGCGCCCGCAGGGAGUGAGCUGGGAAGAUGCUGGGAUUCCUGAGGAGGACCCUAGGGCGCCGCACGGUGCGUCGGCACACCGACCGGGAGAAGCAGAGAGAGGCGCAGCGAUCGGGAAUCCACAUCCCCGCGGCCGGAGACUCCAAAUCCAUCAUCACCUGCAGAGUGUCCCUCCUGGACGGCAGCGAUGUCAGCGUCGAUCUACCGAAAAAAGCGAAAGGCCAGGAGCUUUUUGAGCAAAUCAUGUACCAUCUCGACAUCAUUGAGAAAGACUAUUUUGGCCUUAGGUUCAUGGAUUCUGCCCAAGUAGCGCAUUGGUUGGAUAACACCAAGAGCAUUAAGAAGCAAGUGAAAAUUGGCUCACCGUACUGUCUUCAUUUGCGGGUGAAGUUUUACUCCUCUGAACCAAAUAAUCUUCGUGAAGAGUUAACAAGGUACCUAUUUGUACUUCAGUUGAAGCAGGACAUCCUGAGUGGCAAGUUAGAAUGCCCUUUUGACACAUCUGUCCAGCUGUCAGCCUACGCCAUCCAAGCUGAGGUGGGGGACUGCGAUCUCUCUGAGCAUGGCCCAGACUUUGUAUCAGAGUUCAGAUUUGUGCCAAAUCAGACCGAAGAAAUGGAGCUUGCCAUCUUUGAGAAAUGGAAAGAAUGCAGGGGUCAGUCACCGUCUCAAGCAGAAAUAAAUUAUCUCAAUAAAGCUAAAUGGCUGGAGAUGUAUGGAGUGGACAUGCACAAGGUCAAAGGAAGAGAUGAAAAUGAGUACAGCCUGGGCCUGACCCCAACAGGGGUGUUGGUAUUUGAAGGUGAAACAAAGAUUGGACUCUUUUUCUGGCCUAAGAUCAUCAAACUGGAAUUCAAGAAAAGCAAGCUAACUCUUGUGGUAGUGGAAGAUGAUGAGCAGGGGAAAGAACAAGAACACACCUUUGUAUUCCGACUGGAUCACCCAAAGGCUUGUAAACACCUCUGGAAAUGUGCUGUGGAACACCAUGCGUUUUUCCGUCUGCGGGGACCUGUCCAGAAGAAGUCGAACCAGAUAGCCUUUGUGCGGAUGGGCUCCAGGUUCAGAUACAGUGGCAGAACGGAAUACCAGACCACCAAAGUCAGUAAACCACGGCGGCAAGUGUCCUUCGAGCGACGGCCCAGCAGACGCUACUCGAGAAGAUCAACACAGCAGAGAGCGAAUCCUUUCAACAGAAACUUGGAAACAAGUUCUCCUAUUAAUGCAGCAAACCAGAAACCUACUUCCCAGACUGCGAUGGUGAGAUCAGCCAUUCCUGUUGCAGCAUCGUUACCCAGUGCUACUGGACCGAUUGAAAUAGAGAACCUUCCCAGAAGCCCAGGCCUCAACCAAUCUGAGAAGAGGAGGCCAGCCCAGGAUGAUGGCUCACAACCCACAGGACGAUCGUGGAACUCGCAGACUGUGCCCACUGCCUCGGACAGAAACUACACCGACUUUAUCUAUGAGUACAAUCUGAAGAACGCAGCAGAGCAUGCGCAAAUAGCAGAUUUAUUGGAUACCAAAGAGCUCUUGGAGACCUGUGUGGAUGAAGUCAUAGCAGUUCCUGUUUCUAUGACAGCGGCAGGGAUUUCAGACACUUCGGUUCAAAGGUUGACCUUGGCUGAAACAAACGAGAGUGCAUGUGACAAACCAGAUUCAGCAGCGCUGGAUGAAGUCGUAGCAAAACUGAAGCAGCUCCACAUAGAGAGCAGUCCUGCUCCUGGGACCAACCCCCACAUAAACCUCACUCUGAAUGUGAAUGGUCAGGAGGAAACUUUGAAGUUGUUGGGCAAGGACCUCAAGAACGCAGCUGGUACUCUAUGCUCUGCCAUUCCUGAGGAUGUGAAAAGUAACAUUGUGAAAGCACAGCCAGAGGUUCCUAUGAAGGGUCUGAGAGAAGCUACCAGACUGAACGAGAGAAACUCCAAUCUGUUUGACACUGUCUUCGGGGGACCAGGAGUCACCGAUACCUUUUUAUUGAUGAGCAAGAUCUCAGAGUGCCCAGGUGCCAGGGGUCCACUAAAACCCAUUCCAGUCAGCAUCCCUUUCAAUCUUGAUGAUCUGAUUGAGAAGGACACUGCUGCAAACUCUGAGAUUCCAACAAUCCCCUUGACUUCAGUUCCCACAGAUACGCCCAGUGACUUGCCAGCUCUGAAGAAUGUUGCUGAGGAUCUGGACAACCUGUUAUCAGCACUGAGUGAGAAUCUGAUCGAUUUCACAGAGCCCACGCCAGUGGACAUGGUGGUUCCUAACGGGAUAUUCAGUCGUGAUGUCUCUUCAACUGUAAUGGUACCAAACCCGUUUGCUGAACCUGCACCCUUUCCAUUUCCAUCUCCCACUCCAGCUCAACAUUCCUUGGAAUCAACAUAUCCAUCAACAACCAGCAUUAUCACAAAGGAUGUGGAGAAGACUGUGAAGCCCAAGGGGCUGUUGACAACGGAGUUGUGAGGUCUACAGAGUUUGCCUUUGACCCAUUUGUAAAGUGAAAACAACAGUCCAAGGUGCCUGCCUUCAUUUAGACUCCUAAGAUAUUCCACAUGGAGUAACCAAGCAACGUUGAUGACCUCCUUUUGUACAAAAUCUGAGCUCAACCUUCCCUUCUGAGGCAGUGGCUGUAGGAAUACUCCCCUGGUGGAAUCUUGAUUUUUCAGAUUCUCAACAAAAAUAAGGCUUUUCGUUUCUGUUUGAGAAUGUGAAUUCCUCUUACGCUGCUUAUGGCUUAGAGCGACUGGAAAAACCGUUCCAAGUAUAGAAGGUUACUUGGAACUUUGACCAUUGUUUCAUCUCAAAGAACAAACUGGCAGGAGGAAUAGUUUGUGUUGACUACUACUGUACUUGCAAGAAGGACCUCUUGUCAGAAGCUGGCGUGACAGUAAAGGAGUCUGCUUCUGACUGAAUGGGAAUGAUGCAAGUUGGAAAUGAAGUUAAAACACUGUAGUCUCAAAUCUCUGACCCAAAUUCUCCAGUUAGAGUGUUUCAUUACAUGUGAAUGAGCUCUGUAUUUUGCUUUUAUGAAGAGCAGACAUUUCAGCAUCUCAGAAAUAUUAGUUUUGAGAGGCACAUUCAGCGCACAGAUCCUGGAUCAAACUCCGAGAUAUUAGCGAAGAAUGUCUGAGAGGGGAUUUGGAAGCCUGGAGAGAGAUAGUAGCAUCAACGUGAAUCCUUGGAUGACGCUGAUUUUUUUUUUCCCCAAGUUUCCUGAUACUCUGGAAGUAGUUUGAAAAACUUGAGGUCCUUGGUAAGGAGGUGGGGGAGAGACCCUUUCACAAUGCAAGAUGAUCUGAGCCUUAUUGCAAAAUAUUGUACUUUUCGCAAUUGUUCCCUCAGCUGCACAAUCUGCCAGUAACCACCAGAAGAAUCUUGGAAAUGCCCAACUGGUCAGUCAGUGAUGGGUUCACCGGACAUUUCUUUAUCAAAUAUCAGAAAUGUAAAGGACUACAUUGUUUGAGAAGCUGAC